ACUUUGUCGAAAAGGGGACUAUGAGGGUUCAACGAGGGUGUAAGUUGGGUCAACGGCAGCCCAUUAAAUAGAUUGAUGACCAAGCCAACCGACUUGGGAACUAUGUCAAUUGAGACAGUAAACUGACAGAAAGAAGGUUACAAGUUGCAGCCAAGCAGGCGUAGUACAUAAAAUCAACUUGUCACCAAAUCAAAUCUAUUAUUUUCCAAGCAAAAAUGUUGGAAGAGGAUGUGGAGACCACUGGCUUUGUGCCCCAGUACUACCUUAUGUUACCCCGAAAGAUCAAGAAGAUAUUGCUAUAUCGUUUUCUAUUUGCCACUUUACUAUGCUCUUGGAUGGAUUAUCAGAUUCUGGCGAUUUUCUUAUGCGUAAAUUUAUUUGAGGUGAGGAAUCCUCUGAUUUCCCUCAACGAGAUCUUAAGAUGGACCUUGUUCUCCGCGUAUACAUCGAUAUUUAUGUUGCUUAUACGAUUGGGCAUUGUUGGCUAUGGCUUGAUGUUGUGCCACGUGCAUUAUGACAAUCCCCAUUGCUACAGAUACCGACUUUCGAGGAUGGUCAAGGAAUUCCCAAUAAGAUUUCUUAUAUUUUCAUCAAUUAUUUCAACAUCAAUUGUAAGCAGCUGGCUUUAUGCAUCAUUUGUGGAUUUAAUUUAUGAAAAUGACUCGUUGGGAGGAUCCUGGUAUUAUCUAAUGACCUUUGGCUGCUUUUGUGGCAUUUCCUAUUUUCAUAGGCAGCAUGGUAAAUGCUUAAAAAGAUUUCCAUUACCCAUAGUUCAUCUUAAUAUAAGAGAACGCCUUCUGGAAAUCGGGUGUUAUCGACUGAAAAACUCUGGAAAAGAAGCCUUUGUUCCAACUCUGUUAUUUGCCCUGAUUUACUGGCCAUGUAUGGGUUAUUGGGAAAGUAAUAAAAUAAAUGGAGUCAUUACUGGUUAUGCUGUGAUCAUAACGCAACCCAAACAACUUUUUCAAGGCUGGUUGUUGUGCACCUUGAUCCUGGCUAAAUUACACGUAGCUCGAGAGGUUUAUAGCCUUAUUAUGCAGCGACAAUUAUCUUUAAUUAAUGACUCAAGGCGUCUGCACGAGUAUCUAGAUAUUAAUAUAAUCGAUUUGAUAACGGAACGAUUUCAAUAUUUUCUCUGCAUGAUGCGAAUGAAACCUAUGCCACCAGAUACCCAACGCUACAAUCUUUCCCUACCAAUCGCCAUGGCUGUGGAUACUACGGAAAUCUAUGGCUUUCAAUUACUGGCAGCCCGUGAUUUUUAUGCCGCCAUGACGGGCAGUUUAUGCUCUGAGUUAUACAAAAUGAAAUGUUUUGAAAAAGAUAGAAAUUGGGAUGAGUUACUUGACGUUAUACUGGAAAUGGUGGACAAUUUUCUGGCCAGAAUGGAUUCUUGUAUGGACAGGGCUCCUCUCACAAAGGUCUGCAAUUUGCUGAAGAAUCAAGUUCCCAAAAAAACGGGAAUUCGUCCAUUGGUAAAACCAACUCUUCCGCCGCGAGGGACGUGUCCUAUAUGCAAACGUCUUCAUAACUGUCAGAAGCUCCAACAGUUUUGGUGUUUCUGUAAUCUGCAAAAUUAUCUAAGCGAUAGGAAGCAACGCCUUGGAAAUUUUUUAUGGGCUAGAUUACCAGUGAUUCCGCGGUACUAUCACUUUUGGAAUGACCCAGACCCAAUGGCCCAACUUAAUCAUGAGCUGCGAUGUGCAGAGCCUUUGGUAUGGAUUCUUCAAGGACUCGUUAGCAUCUGCGUAAGAUCCUUAAAAGAAGACACUUUUGGCUAUAUUCAAAGCGAUCUAAGUCGUAUUCUAGCGCGUUUAUUAAAUGUGGAGGAAAAGUUGAUUACGGCCCAGGAAAUACAGGCAAGGGAGCGUAGAAAACUGUGCGGCAGUCAUGAGCUUCUAAUGUUAGCCGUAAGACGCUGUUUAUACAAAAUGCUGUUUACCUUCGCUCCCCACAUGGACUUUAUUCUGGACGAUAUACAGUUGAAGACCAAAAUCAAAUGUAGGAUGGCGUUGUUACCAUAAGAUGGCUUUCGUUUUUCUUUUUUGAAAUCAAUGUCAAAAUUAAAUUAUUAAUAAUCAAAAUGAUACAAAAACAACAUCCAAAUGGUCUUGUUAUGUGAUUUCUCUAAUUAUUGGAAAAUCAUUUCG